AUGACGGACCAUGAGCAAGCGACAACCUCAACGGCAUCUCAGCCUUCUCAGGAGGUUAAAGUGGUGCAAAUUCCGGUGAAUUUGCCAAUGCCACCUCAGCUGGCCAUGACCGGUAACCUGGCAACGAAUUGGAAAAGGUUUUAUCGUGCUUGGCGCAACUACGAACUUGCCGCACGGCUGCGGGACUCUAGUGACCCUAGUACAAACAAAGAGCUGCGAACAGCGACUUUGUUGACGUGCAUUGGAGCUGAUGCUCUGGAUGUCUUGGACGGUUUGGAUUUCGCGAAUGAAGAAGAGAGAAAAGACAUCGAUGUUGUUGUAAGUAAGUUGGAAAAGUAUUGUAUUGGAGAAACAAAUGAGACGUACGAACGGUACUGUUUUAAUAAAAGAGAUCAAGAGUCACACGAAACGGUCGAUGCUUACUUCGCAGUCCUUCGCACAUUAGCCAAGACAUGUAACUUUGGUAAUUUGGAAGACAGCUUGAUAAGAGAUCGUAUUGUUAUGGGUAUUAAGGACAACGCCACACGAAAGAAAUUAUUGCAAGUCUCAAAGCUUACCCUGCAACAAAGCAUAGAUAUAGUUCGGUCUUGGGAGAAGACGGCGAAGCAACUCGAGUCGAUGAAAGCUGAAGAUGAGAAAGUGUUGGCUGUUAGCAAAGAACAGCACAAAGAGCAGAGGAAGCCAGUUGAGAAAAGAGCUGACGAAGGGCUAAUAAGGUGUAAAUUUUGCAGUAAAUCUCAUCUCAGAGAUAAAUUCAAAUGCCCAGCUUGGGGCAAAACAUGCUCACAGUGUAAAAGAAAGAACCACUUCGCAGUCGUCUGCAAUGCUCAGAGAAGACCAUUGACCAAAAGAGAGCCAGUAUCCGGCAUCAAUACGGAUACAGACUCGUCAGAAGGAGAGUAUAUAGCUCUGGUGGAGACCAAAGAAGAGGUGGGUGCUGUUAACUCUGAUCAAUACACCCACAAACCAAGUGCCUCCUUGAUGAUUAACAGAACACUUGAAAGUUUCCAGCUUGACAGUGGAGCAACAGUAAACGUACUAUCUAAAAGAACACUGGCAGGGUGUUUCCAAAAGCCUAUCGAGAAGAAGUUGGUGAAGACAAACACAACUCUGGUAAUGUAUAAUGGGUCAGAAGUGAAGCCUAUUGGAAAGACAAGGCUCCAAGUUAUCAAUCCUAAGAAUAACAAGAAGUACAGCAUAGAGUUUAUGGUUGUGGAAGAGAAUUGCAAGUCCAUACUUGGGGCUAAAGCCAGUCAGCUCAUGAACUUACUUGUUGUUAACAAAGAGAACAUUUUUACAACUACGCCGAGCGUCAAAGAUGCACCCAAGUUUAUCACCAAAAAGUAUCUCAUUAAGGAGUAUCCAGAACUGUUCCAAGGUCAAGGAACUUUACCAGGGGAACUGCAUCUAGAGAUUGAUGAAACUAUUUCCCCAGUCCAGCUCCCAACACGAAGGAUUCCACUGGCUGUAAAAGACAAACUCAAAGCAGAGCUUGACCGACUAGUUGACACGAAUGUCAUAGCUCCAGUGGAUACGCCGACGACCUGGAUAUCGGCUAUUGUUGUUACAGUCAAGAAGAAUGGGGACAUCCGUUUGUGUAUUGACCCCAAACCAUUAAAUAAAGCCCUCAAGCGUAACCAUUACCCUUCACCCACCAUUGAUGAGAUCCUACCGGAUUUGGCCCACGCUCGCUGUUUCUCAGUCCUUGAUGCCAAGAACGGGUUUUGGCAUAUCCAGCUGGAUGAGGCCAGUUCAUAUGCAACAACCUUUGGCACUCCAUGGGGUCGGUAUCGGUGGUUGCGAAUGCCCUUCGGCAUAUCACCCGCACCUGAAGAGUUUCAACGACGUGUGAACGAUAUCUUGUUGGGUCUACCUGGAGUCAAAGUCAUCGCAGAUGACCUUCUUGUUUAUGGCAGUGGUGCAACAGAUGAAGAGGCAUAUCUCGACCAUGACAAGAACCUCAGGGGUUUGAUGGAACGGUGUAGAGAGAAGGGUCUCAAGCUGAACCCUGACAAGAUUCAACUUCGACUCGAAGAGGUUAGCUACAUGGGCCAUCGUCUGACAUCGAAUGGACUGAAGAUCGACCCCGAGAAGACGAAGGCCAUCAGAGACAUGCCUGCCCCCACAGGACAAGUUGGGAGUACAGAGAUUGCUUGGCAUGGUGAACUAUGUGCAAAAGUUCGCCCCUAA